AACAAACCAUGUGUCCAUCAAGAUAGAAAAUAUUAAACAGUAUAAAAAUCCACUGCAACAUUUCAUCAAUGCAUAGUGAAACAUUACGAGUAUACUUGCUGAAACAUUGUUAGUGGAAUAAAAAAAGAAAUGGAUUCUCUUAAUAGGACGUUUUCGUAAUAUGUGGGUGAUUUGUUGCAACGGCGCGUGUGGUGGUGCGUGUGGUGGGGACGGCGCGGAUGCGCGUCGCCCCGCGCGAAGGGGCGGGCGCCCGAUUUGAGGCAUUUCCGGGUUUAAUUUGUCAAACACCGAAAUAUCUAUCCAAGAAAAUGGUUGCACCAUCAUCCAUCGCAACAUCCAACGGAGGCUAACUAUAUGGCCGAGAUCGACCGGAUCAAUACUCGAUCUGUUCGAUCGAAUUGGGUCACCAUCUAUCACUUGCUCUACCAACGCCGAUUUUUACUGCAUGAUUCGACGCGAAUAGACGCCGACGACUUCACGUAGACUUCAACAAUAAUCCAGAUUAUUUCAGAAUCAUCAUCUAUAUAUGUUGUAGUAACAUUGCUCGAUUAAUCACCGAGCUAAUUAAGCUGAGAGCCCGAGAUCUUAAUUAAUUCCUAGAAGCUCCGGUGCAUUGGCGCCAUGAUGAUGAUGUGCGCAGGUGGUGCGGCGGCGAUCAUCUUUCUGACGGCGCUGUCGUCGGCGGCGUCCGCGCUCGGUGUCGCCGCCGCCGCCGCCGCCGCCGCCUGCGUCCCGAGCGAGCGGGCGGCGCUUCUCGCCAUCAAAGCUGGCUUCACCAGCGACCCCGACGGCCGCCUCGCGUCGUGGGGCGCCGCCGCCGACUGCUGCCGGUGGGACGGCGUCGUCUGCGACAACGCCACCGGCCACGUCACGGAGCUGAGGCUCCACAACGCGCGCGCCGACAUCGACGGCGGCGCCGGCCUCGGCGGGGAGAUCAGCCGUUCGCUGCUCGGCCUCCCGCGGCUCGCCUACCUCGACCUCAGCCAGAACAACCUCAUCGGCGGCGACGGCGUGUCGCCGUCUCCUCUCCCGCGGUUCUUGGGCUCGCUCUGCGACCUCCGGUACCUCAACCUCUCCUUCACGGGGCUCGCCGGCGAGAUACCGCCGCAGCUCGGCAACCUCACGAGGCUGCGGCAGCUCGACCUGAGCUCCAACGUCGGCGGGCUCUACUCCGGUGACAUCUCGUGGCUGUCCGGCAUGUCGUCGCUGGAGUACCUCGACAUGAGCGUCGUCAACCUCAACGCCUCCGUCGGCUGGGCCGGCGUCGUCAGCAACCUCCCUUCCCUGCGAGUCCUCGCCUUGUCGGACUGCGGCCUGACGGCGGCGCCGUCGCCGCCAGCACGCGCGAACCUGACACGGCUGCAGAAGCUCGACCUGUCCACCAACGUCAUCAACACGUCGUCGGCGAACUCGUGGUUCUGGGACGUGCCGACGCUGACGUACCUUGACCUGUCGGGAAACGCGCUGUCCGGUGUAUUUCCUGACGCGCUCGGGAAUAUGACAAAUCUCCGUGUGCUUAACCUUCAGGGAAAUGACAUGGUAGGCAUGAUCCCUGCAACCUUGCAGCGGCUGUGCGGCCUGCAGGUCGUCGACUUGACGGUGAACAGCGUCAAUGGCGACAUGGCGGAGUUCAUGCGGCGGCUGCCGCGCUGCGUGUUCGGGAAGCUGCAGGUGCUGCAGCUGUCGGCGGUGAACAUGUCUGGCCAUCUACCCAAAUGGAUUGGGGAGAUGUCUGAACUCACAAUUCUUGAUCUGUCUUUCAAUAAGCUUUCAGGGGAGAUACCGUUGGGGAUUGGUAGUCUAUCAAACCUGACAAGGUUGUUUCUGCAUAACAAUCUCCUGAAUGGAAGCUUGUCUGAAGAGCAUUUUGCUGAUUUGGUGAGUCUGGAGUGGAUAGAUUUGUCUCUGAACAAUCUGUCAAUGGAGAUCAAGCCAAGCUGGAAGCCUCCUUGCAAAUUGGUCUAUGCUUAUUUUCCAGAUGUUCAGAUGGGUCCCCAUUUCCCUGCAUGGAUCAAGCACCAGCCAAGCAUCAAGUACCUUGAUAUCUCAAAUGCAGGAAUAGUGGAUGAAUUGCCACCAUGGUUCUGGAAAUCCUAUUCAGAUGCAGUCUACCUGAACAUAUCUGUAAAUCAGAUCAGUGGAGUGCUGCCACCUUCUCUGAAGUUCAUGAGGUCUGCGCUCGCGAUAUAUCUCGGAUCGAACAACCUCACUGGCAGUGUGCCAUUGUUGCCAGAGAAAUUGCUUGUCCUGGAUCUCUCCAGGAACUCCUUGUCAGGGCCAUUUCCACAGGAAUUUGGUGCCCCAGAGCUAGUUGAGCUAGAUGUCUCCUCCAAUAUGAUAAGUGGAAUAGUGCCAGAGACUCUUUGCCGGUUUCCAAAUUUGUUGCAUCUGGAUCUUUCAAAUAACAAUCUUACAGGACACCUCCCAAGGUGCAGGAACAUAUCAUCAGAUGGCCUUGGGCUCAUCACUCUCAUCUUGUACAGAAACAAUUUUACCGGAGAAUUUCCGGUGUUCUUGAAGCACUGCAAAUCCAUGACAUUUCUUGAUCUGGCUCAAAACAUGUUUUCGGGGAUCGUUCCUGAGUGGAUUGGGAGGAAGUUGCCAUCUUUGACACAUCUGAGAAUGAAAUCAAACAGGUUCAGUGGUAGCAUCCCAACUCAGCUAACAGAGCUUCCUGAUCUGCAGUUCUUGGACCUUGCUGACAACAGGCUAUCAGGCUCCAUACCCCCUUCUCUAGCAAAUAUGACAGGAAUGACACAGAAUCACCUUCCUCUUGCUCUGAAUCCUCUUACAGGCUACGGCGCAUCAGGCAACGAUCGGAUCGUGGAUAGUCUGCCAAUGGUGACAAAGGGGCAAGAUCGUAGCUACACCAGUGGAGUCAUCUACAUGGUGAGCCUUGAUUUGUCUGACAAUGUUCUUGAUGGAAGUAUCCCUGAUGAGCUGUCAUCUCUAACUGGGCUAGUCAACCUGAACCUGUCCAUGAACCGUCUUACCGGGACAAUUCCUCGGAAAAUUGGAGCUUUACAAAAGCUGGAAUCUCUCGACUUGUCGAUUAACGUGCUUUCUGGUGAAAUCCCUUCAAGUUUGUCAGAUUUAACUUCAUUGAGUCAACUGAACUUGUCCUACAAUAAUCUAUCAGGAAGAAUACCUUCAGGGAACCAGCUUCAGGCUCUUGCUAAUCCAGCGUACAUCUACAUUGGCAAUGCUGGACUUUGUGGCCCUCCUCUGCAAAAAAAUUGUUCAUCCGAAAAGAACAGAACUAGCCAGCCUGAUCUUCACGAAGGCAAAGGUUUAUCUGACACAAUGUCGUUUUACCUUGGUCUUGCUUUGGGAUUUGUUGUUGGGCUUUGGAUGGUGUUCUGCAGCUUGCUGUUUGUGAAGACAUGGAGGAUUGUUUACUUUCAAGCUAUCAACAAGGCAUAUGACACUCUGUAUGUGUUUAUCGGUGUCAGAUGGGCAAAAUUCAGGGUAGACAAAACAACUACUACAUCCGUCCCAAAAUAAGUGCAGCCGUGGAUAUCCGUGCCCAACGUUUGACCGUCCGUCUUAUUUGAAAAAUUUGUGAAAAAAUUAAAAAUAUUUAAUCACACAUAAAGUACUAUUCAUAUUUUAUCAUCUAAUAGCAAUAAAAAUACUAAUCAUAAAAAAAUUUCAAAUAAGACGAACGGUUAAACGUUGAACGUGAAUAGUGCAAAACUACACUUUAAGACGGAGGGAGUACAAGCUAGGUAGAUCAGUCAAGAGACAAUAAUAUAGGCCACAAAUGAAAGUUUAACUGUGUUAUCUCUCAUGGUCUGUUUGUGUAUUAUUCAUUGCUUUCUAACAUUUGAAUACAUCAAACUUAUCAGAGUGAGUGAGUGAGUGAGUAAAAUGCUCUGACUUGGUUCCAAAAUUCCAUUUGUUCAUAGUAGUAGAUGGGCACACACAUCACCACAACGAACACAUUACAUGAUAGACUUUACACCUUACAUUGAUAAUCAAAGCAAGACGUUCGAACUUGGGUGAGUCAGAUUACUGCCUUCCCCCUUACGUUUUAAGUGAAAUAAACUGGGAAGCUGAGAUGACUAUUCGGAGAGCAUGCAUAUUAUUUUACUACAAGUUAAAAAAACACUGUACCAUAUACAUUUUAAUGUAACACUGGAGUAAAAGGCUAUCGGCCAUAAAGUUACAGUUUUGUGGCAUCCGAAGCCAACAUUUAUUACUCCGAUUGCCAUAGCAACCCAGUUCGGAAAACCGGAAAGGCCAAAAUAUCCAAAAGAGAUUACAUGGUGAACACUGCUCUGACCUCCUUUUUCAGGUCCCAGAUAUGAGGGUCAACUAGGGUGCCGAUGCACAUCAAGCAAUUAUUCUGCCAUCAG